AUGCGUGGAGUUCAAGUGUAUAGAUGUUGUAGAGACUCGUUGCUGCUGACAGUAGUGAUGCAGCGCAUGGCGGGGGUAGUGUCGGAAGAGGUAGUCACUGCGGAUGAGGCAAAGAAUGUUGAGGAAGAGGCAAAGAGUGUAGUGGAAGAGGUAAAGGGGGAGACGGUGCAGCAGCGUAACCGGCGUUUGCUGAUGGAGGCUCGUAAGUUGAAGGCGCAGCAGUUGAUGGAGCGCGAGUCGCAGCGGCAGGCGGAAGAGAGUUUGCGUCGUGCGGCAGCGUUGAAGAAAGCUCGUGAGGAGCAUCAGUUCAACUUUGAGCGUUUUGUGUUGAAGAAGAAGACGUACGAGGCGGAGCCUGACUCUGCGGCCGAGAAGUUGAGGAAGCGAGCGUUACGUUCUCCUGAGGACUUGAAGGCGUUACAAGAAUGCGGGGCAUUCGAGGCGUUGACGUUGUCUCAGUUGCGAGGCGCCGAGUUCAUGGAGCGUCAUGGUGAUACGGCGGCAGUGAAUGGUUUUAUGCGUAUGUAUCGUAAGAACGCUGCCAACCUAUGGAAGAUUCCAGAGACGGAGGUGACUGGUGAUAUGAUAGGGGAGAUAGGAGCGUAUUUCCGGGCCAAGGAAGCGGCGGAUGAGGCAUAUCGUCGCGAACGUUAUAACGAUGCCUAUCAGUUGCGCGAUUGGCCUGGUGUUGGGUUUGAUGGAUACUCACAGCGCAAGCUUGAGGAACUUUGGUCUCUUUAUGACACUCGCGGAAAGGUUCUACGUGACCGGUUGCCGGCCGAUUGUGAUGUGAUUCAUUUCGCAGGUGUUGGUGAAGUCGUUGUGCACGCCUCCGCUGCACCGCUUAGCACUGUCUUACAGGAACAAUGGGCCACCAAGCGAUGGGAAUAUCUCAACCCUUUGGAUGCACGUAUUGCAGUCGCUGAUAUCAGACGCACACAAGGUUCAGGUGCUAUAACACAAAUACUCAAUAUUAUAGCAAAGAUUAUACAGUCUAAAGUCGAAGCUCGCUCUUCUGCUGAAGACGAUUUUGACUAUGCAUUCCAACUCUCAUAUGUCUCACCCCAUCAUGGCACACUGGCAGAAAUUGAGAGACGACAAAUCAGAGCCAUACAAAACGAAUUCCUCCUAAGUCAAACUGGCGCUCGCUGCCACAAUAACAUAUUACCUGACGCCCGUCUCCGAUACAACCUCAGUAAGAGUGGUUUCGGAAGAAACUUCUUCCUCGAACUAUCCCUCAACAACGGUAUCAGCUACAAAUCCAUCAAGGAAAUCGAAGACCCCUAA